AUGUCCCAAGAACCUUUCCGCCUAACAGCCACCGAGGCCUUACAAGCCUUCGAUUCCGGAAACUUGACAGUCGAAGUCUACGCACGUUCACUUCUAGAUCGUAUUCACAAACGCGAUGAAGUAGUUCGAGCAUGGGAAUUUUUGGAUCGUGAACGGGUGAUUGAGCAAGCGAAAGCUUUGGAUCAGGUACCUAGGGAGCAAAGAGGUCCGUUGCAUGGUGUAGCUAUUGGGGUGAAAGAUGUGAUUUAUACCAAAGACAUGCCCACACAACACAACUCGGCAAUCUACAAAGAUAGCUUCCCCGCCAUCGACGCCGGCAGCGUCGCUAUCCUCCGGCAAGCCGGUGCCCUGAUUUUCGGGAAAACCACCACCACCGAAUUCGCAGCAAACAUCAUCGGCACCAAAACCGCCAACCCUCACGCUCCCCAUCGCACCCCCGGAGGUUCCUCCUCGGGCUCAGGAGCGGCUGUAGCGGAUUUCCAAGUCCCCCUCGCUCUAGGGACCCAAACCGGCGGCUCGACGAUUCGUCCUGCGAGUUAUAAUGGAAUUUACGGGUUCAAACCGACGUGGGGAUCGGUUUCUCGUGAGGGCCAGAAGAUUUAUAGUGUGAGUUUGGAUACGUUGGGAUGGUAUGGACGGAGUGUAGAGGAUUUGGAACUGUUCAUCUCGCUCUUCGCGAUGAAAGAUGAUGCAGUUCCUCGCUCCUUGAGCGAUACUGGAGUGCGAGGUCUGAAGUUUGGGUUUGUGAAAACGAUGGUGUGGGAUCAGGCCGGUGAGGGAACGCGGCGAGCUUUUGAAGAUGGAAAGGCACGACUCGUUGCUGCGGGGGCAGAAGUGGAGGAGAUGGAGUUUCCCAACGAGUUUGUGGAUUUGCCUGCUUGGCAUACGGUGAUGCUGUACUCGGAUGGGAGAGUCUCGUUCCUGCCAGAGUAUCGCAUCGGGAAAGCUUCUUUGGCUGCGGAUUUGGUGGAGCAUGUCGAGGAGGCUCACGGGUACACGAGAAAGCAGUAUUUGGACGCUUGUGAUGGCAUUGCUGCGCUGAGACCCAAAUGGGAUGCUAUUGCGAAUCGCUACGAUGCGGUUGUUGCACCUUCAGUGCCAGACAUUGCGCCUGAAGGCUUGGAGAGGACGGGCAGUGCAGUUUUCCAGAGCUUCUGGACGGCGUUGCAUGUGCCGAUUGUGAAUGUUCCCGGGUUUCGAGGCGAGGACGAUAUGCCCAUUGGACUGAGUCUCACUGCGGCGAGAUACAAAGAUCAGGCAUUGUUGAAUGUCGCGAGAGAAGUGGGAAAGGUGUGGGUGGCGAGACGUCUGGAUCUACCGGAGACGCGGAACGAUUGAUCUCGCCCUUGUGAUGAUGAUAAGGGAAGAACAUUGAAGCUCAGAUACCUAUGCCAGUGUUCUUGACUGCUGUCAGCCACAUGGAUGGUGUUUCCUACCUCAAGGUACUUGUAUUUGUG